CACUGAGCGAACAUAUUGUGCGUGUAGAGCUCGUGUGACCGUGUGACAUGGCUUCGAGUAACACAGAAGAAAUUGAGGAAGUUGAGAAGAAGGAGCAAGAAGUAAUCAACUUCGAUGAAUUCCCGCCGGAGGUUUUAAUUAAACAUCCACUUCAACAUACAUGGACCCUUUGGUAUUUUGAACCUGAUAAAAAUAAAACAUGGGAAGAAAAUCAAAGAAAAGUUACAAAUAAUAGCUUAUACAACCAUAUAAAGGCUGCAUCAGAAUUGCAAAUAGGUUGUGACUACAGCAUGUUCAAACAAGGAAUUAAACCUAUGUGGGAAGAUGAAGCUAAUAAAUGUGGUGGAAGGUGGCUUCUAAACUUAGACAGAAAGCUCAGAAACAUGGAUUUAGAUCGCUUUUGGUUAGAUACUCUUUUAUGUAUAAUUGGUGAAGCAUUUAAUGGAUAUUCAGAUGAAAUUUGUGGGGCAGUUGUAAAUAUAAGGGGGAAAACAGAUAAAAUUGGAGUAUGGACUGCAAAUGCCAAAAAUAAAGAUAGUGUUUUGGAAAUUGGGCGUAAAUUGCGAGAAAGGUUAAAAAUUUCAUCAAAAGUUAGCAUAUGCUAUCAAAUCCAUAAAGAUGUUAUGGUCAAAUCAGGAAGUCAAGCAAAAAAUGCCUAUGUUGUUUAAAUGCUCUUGAUAUUAUGUUCUUAUCACUAUUCAUUAAAAUUUGUCAAACAACAUUUAACAUAUAUUAAUAAUGUGGAUAUUAUACAAAAUUUAGAUUAUUAUA